AUGAUGAGAUCCUCUGUGGAGUUUGCCUGUUUGUUGCUGGUGGUUUCUACACUGGGAAAGAACCACUUGGUAUCUGGUGGUUGUUCGGGCAAAUGCUGCCUGGGCAGAGACUUGAGCUGUUUGACCACUGACUGGAGGAUGGACCUUGUGUAUGGGAUAUGCUACUGCGACAAGGGCUGUGUCAGGACCAAGGACUGCUGCUUCGACUACUUCACAGGGUGCCCAGCUCAGGACUGUGCUGUGAGCGACUGGAGCUUUUGGAGUGGCUGUGCCAAGCCCUGCCAGCCUUCAAUACGAGUCCGUGUCCGUCACGUAGAGCAGCAGCCCAGUAACAGCGGAGAGCCCUGUCCCAGCGUGGAGCAACGAGCUGGCUGCAGGGAAUACAGAGACCACCAGGGCAACCACUGUGGACUGAACUCAGGCCCUGCAUUCAUCACCAGCAUGGAGUUUGGCAAGGGAAGGCCCAAGCAUGACAGCUAUGGAAACCCCCUGGACCCUGGGUUCUGUGUGGAAUUCAUACUGGAGUCCCGGACACCCCACUGUAUUGUGGAGAACCUGCCGCACACACACUGGAUGCGCUACAUAACAGAAGGCUUUAAAGUGUGUGUGGCAUGUGAACCUCCUGCCAUGCAAAACAAUAGUGGCAGCUGCCAUGGAGACGGCCAGCAAUCAGACAAAGAAGCUUUGCUCCACUGGCAGGCGGUGGGGAACCCUCAGUGCCAUGGGACAUGGAAGAAGAUCCAGAAAACCCAGCUGUGCGACUGUCCACCACAGCACAGUUUCAUCUUCAUCUGAUCCAAAAAAAGCACUUCAGGAGAGCGCUCUGAUCUGGUGUCCACAAAAACAUUUCACAGCCAAGCUCCCCUCAUCAGUGGAACUGAAAUAAUGUGUGCUCAGAUCAGAUGCCUAGACGCUGCAGGCUUUCAAUACUAAGAAGAGACUUAACACUUGAUGGUGGUG